AUGCGCUUGAUUCAUACUCACAAAGACGGAACUCUGGAGCUACAAGAGUUCCAUAAACACGACAUUCCACCAUACGCCAUCCUCUCUCACACAUGGGGCGACAGCGAAGUCGCAUUUGUGAACUUCUACAAAGAGACAUCAGCAUCCCAGCAAGGCUACAAGAAAAUACUUUUCUGUCGCGAACAGGCACUGAAACACGACUUGCAUUACUUCUGGGUCGACACAUGCUGUAUCGACAAGCGGAAUCAUGCUGAGCUUUCUGAAGCUAUCAAUUCCAUGUUUCUGUGGUACAGCAGAGCAAGCAAGUGUUUUGUGUAUCUUUCGGACGUAUCUUCGCUGGAUCCUAUAAGCGGCGAUAUGCUCCCGAGCCAUGUUUGGAUAGAAAGUUUCCAGCGAAGCCGAUGGUUUACAAGGGGAUGGACGCUGCAAGAGCUUAUAGCACCUGGAUCGGUCCAAUUCUUCUCAUCUGAUGGUCAUUGUCUGGGCAACAAACGUUCUCUGGAACUCAAGAUCACUCAUAUCACUGGUGUGCCGACGGACGCACUUAGAGGUCAUCCUCUUCGUGACUUUUCGGUACUUGAGCGUUUCGCCUGGGCAGAAUAUCGGGAUACAGCCAAAGAAGAAGACAAAGCAUACUGUCUUUGCGGGAUCUUUAACGUCUUCAUGCCUCUACUUUACGGAGAAGGGGAGGAAAAGGCGCGCAAGCGACUCGAGAAGAAUGUCCGGGAAUUGCAGGAUGAAGAGAUCGAUGCACAGGGUUAUCACUCUGGCGAUGAAUUGGGCCCAUCCGCCUUUUCUGGCGGCUACAAGGCCCAUGCCCGUUUGCACAACGUCAGGAGUAUGGGUACCUUGAGGAGAAGAAGAUCUUACGACAAUGGUUCCGGAAAGUCGCAAUCUCGCGCAACGACGGCAGCCCUUUUUCGGAAAGCAGCUUCCAAUCAUUCGAAUCUACUACUGUUAAAUCCUUGGCAUCAAGCGCUUUGUCUUCCUAGGAACAUUGCAAACGGAUCUGAUGCCAAGUCAAUUUUCCGCGGAGCACAUGCCUCCUUCCUUAAUGCUGUUUACUGGGACGAAUGGCCGCGUUUCGAGACAUUUGUAGAUCGUCAGGAAAUGAUGGCUGAUAUUCGCGGUCACUUCCAAAACCUGAAGCAUUCUUCAAGGUUGAUGACAGCCAGCGAAGUUGUGGACGACUUUUCGUCGCGUUUGGCACACUUUUUCCCGGCUGCAAGUCUUGCUAUAGGAGUUGAUCCAGAGUGGUCCUGCACGCUCUGGGGAGCAAUCAGAUUGUUGUUUGUGCGAAGUUUGAAUUUCCCAAAUCUGUUUGAGCGGCUGGCUCACCUGCUUGGUCGGAUCAGACAAGAGUUGCCCAGUUAUCAAGACUACGUAGGACGUGUCGAAGCUGAUCCUCGAGGGCUGGACAAAGAAGCACUUGGGAAAGCGUUAGCCUUCGUGUACGCCGAUAUACUUCGCUUCUGUCGUGAUGCAUGCCGAUUCUUCAGCACUCGAUUCAGUCAUCUUGACCAGACGCAUGACGCUACCAUGGAUGUACUGUCUGUCCCUUUCAAACUUCGGUUCGAGAGCCUGAUCGCAAGACUCCACGAGCACAAACUUCUUUUCGCUAUUGAGCUUAGAGCAGGAAAGCAUGGAUCUUUGAAUAUAUUCAUAGAUAACGUUGUCGAAGACCUCAGAAAACGCGAAGAAUACUUCCAAAGUCGAUCAACUAUGGGAAGGUUAGAGAAGGAGAGGGAUGACUGCCACAGCGCUAAUUGUACUACCGGUGUCAGAUGGAUUCUGCCCCCAGAUUUUCAUGCAGAGUUUGACAGGGCCAAGAAUGCUAGAAGUCCAGGCUCAUGUGCUUGGCUUCAGUCUUUGAAGGUCUACACAAUGUGGAAGGAGUCGCUAUAUACGGAUGACCUGCAAACUACAAGCAGCCGCAGCUAUACGAGACAACACAGCUGCCCUCCUAUUCUAUUACUUGAAGGAUCUGCUGGUUAUGGGAAAACUAUCCUAUCAACAGCCAUGAUUGAAGACCUACAGUCGGCUGUCUCUCCCAAUAAGAUGACAAUCAACGAAGAUCCGCACGCAAGCAUUAUAUACUUCUACUUUAAUGCCCAAAAACCUGGGCAUAGAAGCUUUUGUGACGCGCUCCGAGCGGCAGCAGCGCAGCUUGUCGAAAUUCUCGCUGGAGACUCCGCUAUUAUGGACCUCCUGUCCGUAUUGAAGUUGCAAAGUGAUGGCAGCCGACGUAUAGCUACCGAGCAUGAGCUUUCAGAGUUUCUGCUACUCGCUGUCCGAAGUAUACCCUCUGUAGCCUUGGUAUUCGAUGCUAUUGAUGAGUGUCACGAUGUUGAAAAAAUGUGGCCUUUCCUUUCUGCGGCUUGUAGUAGCACGAAGAUAAAAUUCCUCCUCCUCGGCCGACCUCAGAUCCCGGUAGAUCCCGACCUCACGCAUCUUGUUCAAAGCGAAGGGCUUCCUCGAACCAACAGGCUGGACAUCUAUGCUUUUCUGGUUCGCGAGAUCAAAUCGAUGCAAUAUCGCGGACAGCUGGAUGAUCGUGUACUUGCAGAGCGUACAGCGGACACCCUUGCUUCAUGCGCAGAUUCUAGCUUCCUUUGGGCAAGUUUAAUCAUGUCUUACCUGCAAAGUCCAGUACUCAGUCUCAGGGAAAGAAAACGUGAGUUAUGGGACCCUAAUCGGCUCGUCACGAUGCCCCGGCUCUACUCCGGGAUGCUCCAACAAUUCGAGGCACUAUAUCCUCAGGAUCGCGAUUUGUUAAUCAGAAUCUUCCGCGUCCUUGUGCUGUCGAAAAGACCACCGACAAUCAGGGAGCUUGAUGUUGCCAUAUCAGUGGAGCCAGGACACAAGCUAUCGAGCAAAGGUAAUCGUGAGAAUGUGAUGAAUACCCUCCAGAGACUAUGUGGGGCGCUGGUCGAUAUCGGGCCAAACUCUACCGUCUCGUUCUCGCAUUUGUCCUUUCGAAGUUUUCUACUGUCAGAAGAAGCUAUGGACAUGAAAAGCCAAUUUCGAAUUGAUCGACAAUCGAGUUCUCUCUGGAUCUCUCAAGUAUGCUUGUCAUACUUGGUCCAUGACGUGCCGCAAACACCACUGAGCGGAGCGCUUGAUACCGAAGCUGAUAAGCUAGUGUUGGCAGAGGAGCUACCAUUCUUAGAAUACUCUGCUCGCCAUUGGGUUGAACACAUAGUUGACGCCUUGCAACUUAUGUCCAAUACGUUGCCAGAGCUAAUAUCUGAGUGCUACCCACUAUUACAACAACUAGGUAGCUUACUUGGCCAGAAGUCCUCGAUCUCGGCUUGGAUUGAAGCUUGCUGGACUUGGGGCUUUCAACCAUCUGUCGAAUCACUUUGGUACGAACUUGAGAGAAGACUGGAACGUCAUGAUACAAGAUAUCAGCGAGACGCAAGACAAGCGCAAAUCAGAAAACCGCUCGACCAUAUCCAUGAAUUGUCAGAAGAUCUUGAGAAGCUUCAGCAGCAUUGGAGCCACCUGCUGUCUGUCCGGCCAUACGAGAUUUGGGGCCCAAGCGUUUCCGCAUAUCUUGGACAAAUGUCUUGGGCAUACAACCACGAGGCCAAGGUCGCUAUUAUAACGGGAGAUCGAGGAAGAUAUGAUUUGGGAGAAAUGAUCCUGAAAGCGUCAAAGCUGUCGGGAUGCGGCAGUCUUCUGGGUGUGUUGAGAGUCUUCCGCUCUAGUAAGGAAAGCAAAUCCGGAGAAAAUCUACCAUGCCUGUAUUAUGGAAGAUGUAUAUGCUCACCACCAUGCAAUCCCCUAGGAACGUCUGUCGAUCUCAAAGACGCAGUAGCUGAUUAUCAAGUUCUACAAAUGACUGAAGGAUUUCCAGCCAUUAGGCACUUCAGUGUGUAUCUUGAUUCGGAGGACCUUCUCGAAGUCGAAUUAGCAGCGAAGGAUCAGAAGUUUAGAUUUCCCGUCAGGUUCGCGUCCGACAUGAGCCAGAUCUCAAUCCUCCGUUCCGUCUACUGGGUAGAUAGCCUGGGGACAGUCAUGAGCCAGAAAGUUGGCUUGAAUCCUGCUGCUCGCGACAACAACCAAGAUGUAGCAGCAGAACCAAGGUCGCCGAGGCCAUCUGCGACACGCGCAAAGUACCGUAGGCUGUUCACGCCAUGUGGACGGUAUCUAGCACAUCUUGAACGGCACAACGAUUUCAACGACUCCUCUGAAGGUCUUUGGACCUUUGGAAUCUGGGAGAAAGAAGCCUCAGAUAUCCAAUUCAUGGGCGGGUCUGCUUGGCGACAAAUUGCAACGUUGGAAGAUGUCUACGGAGACUUCCUGAUUGACGGCGAUAUCACAUUCAACCCUCAAUACCAGAUGAUCGCUUUGAUGAAGCUUGUACCUUGGCGUUUGGGCGAGAUGAACAUGACGUCCAUAUGGGAUUUCCGAGCCAUUCCUUUUGGCUUGUGCAAUGAUGAGAAAACAACGAAGAUGGUAUACGGAACGGGCCUCCGAAACCUCAGUUUUUCACCUUGUGGAAGGUUUCUCUCUGGGGAUCACUUCCACUCCAAAGAGAAAAGAGUCGUAAACAUAGAACGGUUCACGGCAGUAGCUUUGCCCCUAAUGUUGCCGAUCUCAGAUGAUCUGAGUAACUUCGGAGACCCGAUUAGUCGGACCUUGCAAACCCCUACGAACUUUGCCAGACAUUCGUUCUCGACAGAAUCAGAACAGAUCUAUUCUACUGCACAAGAUCGCAAUCGCGAGGCGCCGUCCUCCAAUGCACUCACACUUGGCACACGAGACGGCAAGCCGGUACUCCAGACGAUACGUACAUACUCCGAUGGUGCAGUGGUCUUGAAAAGCUAUUCUUCGCUAGUCAACACUGAGGAGUGUUUGCUCUACCUUCCAAACGAAACACAGAAGUCUGUCUCUGCGACAGUACUACACAACGACGGUGAUCCAGAUAAUGUUCGGAUAGUUCUUACGCCGAUCCUCCGAGACACAUAUAAAUGGGGCCAUUCGUUAUCCUGCCAAUCUGUUACUGUAAUCUCUCGUCCCAUUGGAUCAAUACAGCGAUACAAAGAUUACCACGAAGGCGAGCUUAUGCGAAUGCCGACAUUGAAUGGAGAGAACCUUCAGAUGCUCGAAAAUUAG